CUGAAGGCAUUCACUGAAAAUUGGCCUUUGAACGAGAAUAAAUAUCUUCCCGGAAAGUCGUUUGAGACGAAACGAUUUGUGAAUGUCUUAAUCCGGGCACGCGACGGUGGUUCAAUCUUGAGGGAAGAAGUGUUGAAGGAAAUCCAGGUUUUGAACCAAUGGAUUUCCAACAAUAUCAGUGUUCCUACAGAUGAUGGGCGCUUCAAUCUCACCUAUCAGGUAUUGAAGAAAAAUGCUUUUUUUGCGAGUUGUUAG